GGCGGGCCGAGCAAAGCCGCUGCCGUCGGCUGCGGCGCUCCCGCCCCUUCCCGCGGCCGCGAUGUCGCUGCUCCGCGGGCCGCGGCCCCGCACCGCCGGCAGGAAGGGCCCCAGAAAGGCGGCGGUGGCCAAGCGGGACUGGGAUAGUACCGUCCAUGAUUUGACUGUGCACCGUGCAACUCCUGAGGACAUACUCCGUCGCCGUGAAAUACACAAAUCCAAAAACAAAGCAUUGGCACAUCUGGAACUCCAAGAGAAAGCACUGAACAGAAAAUGGAAGAAGCAAAGGCAGCUGGAUGCAGAUUCCUUGGAGAAAAGGAAAUUGGCUCUGAUGCGUGAGAUUCUGUCUGAUCAGUACCAUUUGCAAGAUGUAUUGGAACGAUCUGGUCGGGUUAUGGCUGUGGCAAAAGACUUGCUUGAGGAUGCCCCUCGCACACGAACAGGUUGUCCUAAUGUAACAAUGGCUCCUAACUGUGACCUAGAAUCAUCUCAAGGACCCAUUGUACAAAAAAGUCAUCCUCCCAGUCAGCUUUCCAUCCUUAAUGAAUCUGUCAUGGAUUCCCAGGCUCUUAAUGAGGAGGAGGAGGAAGCAUUAUCAGAAGAUGGACACCAUGAUGUUUUGGGUUUCAAAUCCAGCAUCAGUUCGGACAGGCUACUUCAGUUGUUGAGAAAAGAAAAUUCCUUGGUGAAUUCUCCAUUGUGGGCUGAAAAGGGUGUGAGAAAAACCACCUUAUCACAGGAAUCAAAUGUGCCUCGGACUCCAACAGCUGUUUCCCCUUCAUUGGAUCAGUCAGCCCUCAAUGCUACCAGUGUAAUCAAGAGAGCCCAUUCAAGACUUCAGAAUGAAGAUGAAGAAGAGUCUGUAGACUCCAUUGACGCUGUGAGACAAGUGCUGAACCCAAACUCAAGGAAACAAAAGCAAAUUGCAGCAAAGAUGAAAAGAGAGCAAGCUGAACAGAACUCUGCAAGACGUAAGAGAGGUGAUUCUCCAGCUGAUUUAAUCCAGACUGACCUUCAGAGGGACAACAAAUCCAGCCUAGAUGUUCUCAGCCACAUGAUCCAGGAAGUAGAGCAUGAACUGGAGGAAUAUGAGCGAUGUACAGGUCGUGAGGUCCCAAAAAAAGAGAGAAGUGAAGGCCUGUCUGGGUUUACUCUGUCAUUGGUGAACGCUCUCUGUCGUUUGAUGCGCUACCUCAAAGAGGCUGAAAUGCAGCUGCAUGAGAAAGAGAUGAUUAGGCAGCAGCAGAAGGAGAUGUUGAAUGAACACAGAGAACUGAUUGAUGCUCUGACUGCUGAGGUUCUUCAAGUAAGGGAAGAAAACAUUGCUAUGCAGAAGAAACUUCAGCAAUACAUGACAGUAACAGAUGAAAAGCUGAUGUGCCUCACGCAAGCAUUUAAAGGCCUCCCUUUGGUAGAACCUGAAAAAGAACAAAGUCCAAAACAUUUUGGAAUUGGAAGCAGAGGCCCAGCAAACAGCCAAGAAAAACCUGAUUUGACCUACCCUGAGCCCAGGAUUGAAGUAGGCAAUAGGGAAAAUAUGCUGAAAUUUCCACAGGAAGAACUUGCUUUCACGUUUCACCCAGGGCCGGGUGCCUCAAGUGAUAUGAGACCUGGUAGAAGCUUCCCAGCUCACAUCUUCCAGCCAGCUGUGCUGUUGUCCCCACCGCAGCAGAAAAGCAGUCAGGAAUUGUCUUCCCUCCAGAAUGUGCUUGCAGCCAUUUCUCAGUGUACUGAAAGAGAGCCAUGCAAGGAAAGGAGCUUAGCUUCCUCCCUGAGGACACAGAGCACAGCUGAGGAGAACUGCCCCAUCUCUCGAAGGCAACCAGUUCCUCCUGCAGAUAAAGACUUGGAGAGUUCCUAUGAGAAAACCAACCUGUCCUGCCCAGGUGACGCUGGAAAAAACAGCACAGCUGAAGAGUUCCUUCGAAAUGGUGAUCUGCUGGGACAGAUAGCUGAGCUCACAAGGCAGAAUGCUCUAAUGAAAGCUCAACUGAGCAAAUUCAGAGAUGGCCCUGGAGACAGAAGUGAUUGUCUGCAUCAGCCAGACCUGACACAAAAUGCAGAUCCUAGUCCAGAUCCUUCACAAGGACAGAGUCAUCUCAUGGUAUCAAGGAGCUUGGAGGAAAGAAUAGCAGAGCUGAAUCGCCAGAGUACAGCAGCCCGGGAUAAACUGUUGCAGUUGAUAGACCAGCAGAAAUCAGCUGCUGUUGACAUGGUCCCUCCAAUGCUGUCUCCUGUUCCAACCCCAUCCCUGAAUUACACUGAAAAUACAAGGAGGACAGUUGAAGUGUCUGUUCCCAUGACAGUGGCUAUGGACAGCUCCAAGGAUGACAGUGUUCCCCAUGCCAGUAUGACCAGUAUAAGAAGGACUGUAGAAGACUCCAGCAAACCUUUAAGUGCAGUGUCAGAAAGUGCCAAAUUAACUUCUGUCAGCCAAAGACCAAAGAGCACUCUAGGAAGCCCUGGGAAUGAGUUUCUGAGCUGGACACGCUGCUGUGACCUUACACCUUUCACCAAAAAAAUCUUUCAUGAGGUUGUAAACUCAGGCUGCUGGAGCUUUACAAGUGAGCACCUUGAUACCUCUGUACGCUGAAGGCAGGGGAUUUUAGAAAUUGCCUGUGAAACUUUCUGGAGUGUUUAUUUGCACAAGAUGUGGGAAUAAAAUGACAGGAAGAACUGAGAUGAGGGAAAGUACCUGCAUUGAAAAGGAACCUGGAGAUUAGGAAGCUAGUCUGUUUCUGGUGGAUAAGUAUUUGCAUCAGAAAGAAUAUAUUCCUUCUGUGGUUUACAGUUGCUCCCAAAAGUUGUUUUCUAUGCAGUUAACAUAGAGAUUGCAUCUGGACUGGAGGAUUGCUUUUCAAAAAUCUCAUUUAAUAUUUUUAUAGUAAAUAUAAAGUGACUAUUUGAAAUUGAAAUCAGAAUCUUUAUUUGCUAUGUACUAAAGUAUGUGGUCUUUGAUAUAACAGAAUACUGAUACAUAUCAUUGUAUUAAGCUGGUUUGCUGUGUGUUUAUGUAAUAUUCUAAUGGCCAUUGGUUCUUAUAUUGAUUUUAUUUGACUUUUUAAAGUAGUCAUUAUUUUAUUAGCAAUGAUUACCUAUAAAAUUUAAGACUAUGAGGAAAUGCUUCAUUAUCUGUUCCCAACCUUGUAGUAAACCUUGCCAAAAACAUUUAGGAUGGAGAUCUAUAAAAUGAAAAUAGUUUCCAAGUCUGGGAAAGAAAAUAGAUGCAAGAAUCAAAACCAGCCUUUUUUUUUUUUAACUCUGAAAUUUCCUCCUAAAGGUAGUGAUAGAUUGGAGCCAGCCAUAGUCCUGUCAGUCACUUCAGUUAUAGGAGAAUGAAGAAAAUAUGCGUCUUCUUUUUUCUUGGUUCCUUUUUUUUUUUUAAAGGAAGGGUUCUUCUAAACAGAUCUAGAAAAUAAAAAGAAAAAGUGGGAUUCAAAAGAGGAUCUGUUCAAAUAUUCAUUGAUGCUUCCAUGAUUUAUUUUUCCAAUGGGAAGUGAAGAAGUUUUUGUAUAUGUGUGUGUGUGUGUGUGUAUAUAUAUAUAUUUCUGUAUUUUGUGAAAUAACAGUUAAAACUGCUUGGAAGUAAUGCCUCAACUCAUGAAGAGACAGCAAUGCCACAGUUGGGAUGGGACUACAUAACCAUAGUGCCACAGGUUAAUGCUCUUGCCUCUGCUAAUGUUUGCUACAAAUGCUCUGGAAUUAAUGAGAAUUCCUUUUAGAAUACAGGAUUGGAGUUGAUCCUUUGAGUCAUCUAUUUUCUUUAACUUGGAAGUCUCUAGGUGGGAGGGAUACUUCCACUCCAGAUGUCUCCAGUCACCUCCCACCAUCUCCUCCACAACCUGUGACUUGCUGUGGUUCAGGCUGGGGUCACACAGUGUUCUGUGCUUAGAAAUGAGCUGCCCCUGGGAUGUCAUGGGAGUUUGUUUGCUGGAAUGCUGAAGGCUAGUAAAGCUUGAGGCAGUGUCUGAGAAACUGCUAGUGCAGGGAGUUUUAUGGGGGGGAGGGGGUUGUGGUACUUUUUGUCUGUUCUAGACCAAGAAACAAACUGCAGCUGCUGCUAGAAUUGGACUCACCAACUCAAGCUUUCUGCUUGAUAAGCAGGCUGGCCUGUACCUGUCUGAAACAAAAUGCUCACUCUCAUGAGAUUGACAUCUGCUCCUGCAGGGAACUAGUCUUCCUGCACAGCUGUUGCAGGCAAUCAGAUUUUAUAUUUCUUUGUGUGUACAUGUCUGCAUAAAAGUAUGCUUGACCUCAAGUCUCAUCUAAGUGAAUUCCCUGCUCUGACUGCCCUGCAGCAAGGUCAGGUUUUUGUUCCCAGCUGUAUCUCGGUGAAAUACCCUACUGUAAUAUCCUUCUAUCUCAUGGUCCCAGCAGUGGAGAAAAAGAAAAAAAAACAA